AUGGCUUCUAACCCGCCUGGCAGAUGCUGCACCCUCGGAAAAUUGUUUGAGGGCAAGCCCACUGGCAAACUCACCAAAAUCGACAACAAAAUCGAUGCCUAUGUAGCUACACCUCCCGAGGGCAAGGCCAAGACCGGCUACGGAAUUCUCUACAUCCCCGAUGUCAUUGGCGUCUGGCAAAACAGCCAGCUGAUGGCCGACCAGUUUGCCGAGUGUGGCUACACGACUGUUGUAAUUGACCCGUUCAACGGCGAUCCUGUGCCACUCAACCGGCCAGAAGGCUUCGACCUGAUGUCCUGGCUGAACGGGGGCUCUGACGGCAAGAACCCGCAUACUGUGCCUUAUGUCGACCCCAUUGUCGAGGCUGGUAUCAAGUACAUGAAGGGACUGGGCGUGAAGAGGGUUGGAGCUGUGGGAUACUGCUUCGGAGCCAAGUAUGUCGUCCGCCACUAUAAGAAUGGCAUCGAUGUCGGUUACAUUGCCCACCCUUCGUUCGUCGAGGAGGCGGAACUCGCUGCCAUUACCGGUCCCCUCUCCAUUGCUGCUGCUGAGACGGACAGCAUUUUCCCUGCGGAGAAGAGGCACAAGUCGGAGGAGAUUCUGAAGGGUACUAAGCUGCCGUAUCAGAUUAAUUUGUAUUCUGGCGUGGAGCAUGGAUUUUCUGUGCGUGGUGAUUUGAAGGUCAAGGUGCAGAAGUUUGCAAAGGAGCAGGCAUUUUUCCAGGCUGUGACUUGGUUUGAUAACUAUUUGGUUGAGGAGUAG